AUGGCUCUGGCUGCUGGCGGAGGCGUUGCCCCACAGAUCCUUCAGGAUGGCGCGACAGAGGAGAAGGGAGAAACUGCAAGGCUGGCAUCCUUUGUUGGAGCUCUCGCAAUUUCUGAUAUGUUGAAGACGACGCUUGGACCCAAGGGCAUGGACAAAAUCCUUCAGAGUGUCGGGCGAGGGGAGGACGUCACUGUCACAAAUGAUGGUGCCACAAUUCUGAAAUCUCUCUACAUUGAUAACCCAGCUGCCAAAGUUCUAGUGGACAUUUCCAAAGUUCAGGAUGAUGAGGUUGGCGAUGGGACGACUUCUGUUGUUGUCUUGGCGGGCGAGCUGCUGAAGGAGGCUGAGCAGCUGGUGAACAGGAAUGUUCAUCCCAUGACCAUCAUCGCUGGUAUUCGUGAUGCUUGUGCCUGUGCAUUGAAAACCCUGGAGGGUUGUGCAGUCAGUCAUGAAGAUGACGAAGCUGCCUUUCGGAGAGAUCUGCUCAACAUCGCCAGGACGACUCUGAGCUCAAAAAUUCUCCAGCAGGACAAAGACCACUUUGCUGGAAUGGCUGUGGAUGCGAUCGUUCGGCUGAAGGGAUCCCCAAACCUGGAGUCAAUACACAUGCUGAAGAAAACAGGUGGCACUCUCCAGGAAUCGUUUAUUGAUGAUGGUUUCAUUCUGGACAAAAAGAUCGGUGUUGGUCAGCCACAAAGACUGGAGAAUGCGAAAAUUCUGGUUGCCAACACAGCGAUGGACACCGACAAGGUCAAGAUCUAUGGAGCUCGUGUGCGAGUCAACUCAUUGUCCAAAGUGGGCGACAUUGAAAAGGCUGAGCGUGAGAAGAUGCGCGAGAAGUGUCAAAAGAUCAUUGACCAUGGUAUCAACUGCUUCAUCAAUCGCCAGCUCAUCUACAACUUUCCAGAGGAAAUCUUUGCAGACAAUGGUGUGAUGGCCAUCGAACACGCCGAUUUUGAUG